AUGGGCCUCGCACUCUUCACGACUGCCUUUGCGGGCGCGCGUGUCCCCCCUGCGAUGCGCAGCUGCAGACCGCCCUUGCUUCAGUCCGACGGAAUCUCCAGCGUGUCCUUCGACAUGUGUGCAGAUGGCAUCAUGCAUGUCACGACGCUGAUCAAUCAACCACUGAUGCAUGGCGCUAUUUGGCGUAAUCCACGGCGCAUUCCUGCGUGCACUUCGGCGGAAGUGCUACACCAGAUCCUGCAGGCCUUGCGCCCAAACCGUCCGACGUGUCGCUCUGCACCGCCACCGGCGCCAAGACCCUAG